UUUCACCACUCUAUUUCGGGACAUUCGAUGCUGGCUGGAGGACCUACCACUCUGGUUACGACUGGCGUUGCGCCUGCACUGAUUCAGGCAGCGAGACGCUGGUCUUCAAAUGAGUUCCAGAAAUACAUCCGCAAGCACCCGUUUCUGCUU